AACGGCCCAACUCGACGCUCAUCGUCGACUUUCCAACGCAACGGCCAAGAGGCAAGCGGCGGCGGUCCAUCGAAUGAUCAGAUCUGCUUUUUCGUCGUCGUCGAAUGUCUUGAUCUGCUAUUCUGCCAUUGUCAAUUGCGCAGAUCUGUUCUUCUGCCGCCACCAAUCGCGUAGAUCUACUAUCAUCCGUCGUCGUCGAAUGUUCAGAUCUGCUCAUCCUCAGUCGCCGCCGCCGCUAUCUUGCCUUCUUCGCAACUGCCCCAUUCCGCUUGUGGCUUGCCGUCUUCCGCUGGGACCGUGCCUUCUCAAACCAUUGCCAAAAUGAGGCCUUAUUGAAUGGAGUGAGUACUUCACAACAAAAAGGUGAAACCUUCAUCCCGCCCGCAUGUUCUGAGGUUGGUGGAGGAGGUAAAUCACACAAUAUAAGUUGCUGGCAUAGUAAUCCUUAAGGCAUAUCCCUUUGCUGAAGUUGAGCCUAAUAAUUCUUGACUAUGUUCAACAAGAAUCAAACUACAAGCGAGUUAAAAGGGUGUUAAUGAAGCGGAAAAGGCAUUGAAUAAAGGUAUGCCAGAGUUUAUUGUGAUGACAGCUGAUACAGAGCCUUUUGAGAUUCUUCAACACCUUUCACUUUUUUGUUGAAGACAAGGAUAAGAACCAUCGAAUAGGCCAUACUGUCUAAUGUUAAACUGGGGAUAAGAACUAUCAAUAUUUUGAAGAGAGUACCGUAGGCGCCCAAAAACAGUACUGCCAAAAUGGAUUACACUUUCAAGAGAAGUUGAUAUAUUAGGUAAAGAACAUUUGGAGUGCUUACGAAAGUUGAUCUGAUGAAUAAAAGGACUAAUGCUUUGAAUGUGAGCAUUUGGUGCUCAAAUGAUUCUAUUUUUUGUUGUAAACUUCUAUAAUCCUAUUAUGGAUCACCAAACAAUUCACAUUUCUCACAAUUGGAGUUGUUUAAUUGUCACUGAAGGUUCUCGAAGGAAGAGCUUACUGCUAAAUUAAAAUGCUCCUAAGUGGUUAUCAGUGUAUGUGAAGCACCAUAGUGUUUUAGAAAAUGCUCAAUUGAACAUAGAGCUUUUCGGUAAGGAGUUGAAAGGAUUAGAAGCUUAUGUCACUCUUUGAUUGAGUAAAAAUAGCGUGCUCCAUUUCUAUAAAAAAAAAUUAUCCAACUUCACAGGUUCAUAUUAGUAUGCGUAGACCAAAUUCUGAUUGGUAUAACUAAUCGAUUGGAUUCAAUCUUUAAUGUGGUUUAGCUCAAGUGUCUUAUAGCCUAAUCUAGUUGUCUUUA